AUGCUAGAAAACGGGCCUGAGUGCCCCGUAAUCAGCCCCCUACAACAGGUUUACCACGAGCAUUCCACUCUCAACCUCUCCUGCUCUGCCAUCUCUAAUCCACCUGCAAACUUUUAUUGGUAUCUUAACGGGCAGCUUCUGGAACAUCAGAACAAUUCUCACCUGGUCCAGCGUCUUACUCUGAAGAGCGCUGGAAACUAUACUUGUAAAGUUACCAAUGUUGAAAGUGGACUUUCGAAUGACACCGUACUGGAGAUCAACGUUCGGGCCAUCGUCCUCUAUGGAACAUUUGAGGGGAACCAGAAGCUGGAGGCUGGAGGCCACAUUACUUUAAGCAGCGAUGGUCAAAACCUUAGCUUGAGUCGGACAAGUCGCCAGGACUCGGGCGUCUACACUUGCCGUGCGAUUAACAGUUUUUCUAACAACUCCGCCAACUACACUCUGAAUGUCUUCUAUGGGCCUGAUGCCCCAGUCAUCAGCCCCAGUGGGCAGUUUUAUGCAGAAGGCUCCAAUCUCACCCUCUCCUGUCAAGCUGACUCCAACCCACCUGCCAACUAUACAUGGUCCUUCAAGAACGCUACACAUUCAGGGGGGAUCUAUCGGCUCUUUCGUUUGUCUUCCGCCAACAAUGGGACCUAUACAUGUGAGGCCUCCAACAACGAAGCCAAACUCUCCCAGUCUAAAGCCCAGCCUGUCUGUGUCCUGGAAAACCUCUCAAAGCCAAUCCUGUCGCCUUCGCAAUCUCUUGUGGCUGAGAAUGAACGUAUCACGCUGAACUGUACAACCUCCAGCAGCUCCACAGUCAACGUCACCUGGUCCAAGGACAGUAAACCUUUACGGAGCAAUGUAGAAUUUGACCAUGAAAACCGAACCCUCACACUGGUUAAAUUCCAACAAUCAGAUGCAGGGAGCUAUACUUGUACGGCCCGGAAUCUUUUCAGCACCGUCCAAAGCAACCCCAGUAUACUUACACUGGCAUACGGGCCCACGUCUGCUCAGCUGAACCAGUCAGGAACCAUAGAGCAGCGCCUGGGUUCCGAAUUGGUUCUUCUCUGUUCUGCGGAAUCUGUGCCUCCGGCGACGUUUGAGUGGUUCUUCAAUAACACGGUCAAGAAUGGGACGGAGGACACUCUCAAUGUCCACUUGAAGGACUGGGAAGAUGAAGGCAAUUACACCUGCCAGGCUAGGAACCCCUUCACCAGCCAUACUACUUCGACCUCUGUCUAUGUGAAAUUGACAGGAGAGAGUUCGAUACAGUCCCGUAUGUCUCCUGGAGCCAUUGCUGGGGCGACGAUUGGUUCUGUGGCCGGAGUGUUGCUUUGUGUGGUCGUUGUGUACUUCCUGUGUACCAAGGUUUCCUGUUGGAAAACGGAACAGCACACGUCCAAUGGAAACAUACCCUCAGCACCCGGCCACAACCAGGCCACUGAAAUCAAGUCCAAACCGGGUGAAGAAGACGUACAAUAUUCAACACUAGCUUUCAACCCCAAAAACACUUCUCAACCNGGUGAAGAAGACGUACAAUAUUCAACACUAGCUUUCAACCCCAAAAACACUUCUCAACCACUCUCCAAAUCCCCCCAGCCUUUGGACAGCGGUAUCAUUUAUUCUGAAAUCAAGAAAAAAUGA